AACUGUGAAUGUGAGAAACCAAAUUUCAAUUACUUGGUUGUGACCAUUUCAGAACCAAAACCCAUCACUCACCAAUGCCACUGAUUCACACUACUCCACCAUCCCACUAUGCUAUUGCUACCCUCUACCCGGUUACAAGCUAUUCCAAUGCAUCAUCAUAUUCCACCUUUGGUUCCAAGUUUAUGCACAAAACGGGUCAUACCCAAAACCAAAGUUUUGGUUUUUCCACCACCACCAACAGGAAUCGCUCUCGUGUUGCACUAAUCAGAGCCAAAGGAGGAACCGAUUACUAUUCCACUUUGAAUGUUAACCCUAAUGCUACUCUUCAAGAAAUCAAGAGCUCUUAUCGCAAACUGGCUCGCAAGUAUCAUCCAGAUAUGAACAAAAGCCCUGGGGCUGAGGAAAAGUUCAAGGAAAUAAGUGCUGCAUAUGAGGUCCUAUCAGAUGAUGAGAAAAGAUCUUUAUAUGAUCGCUUUGGUGAGUCAGGUCUACAAGGAGAAAAUGGAGAGUCAGCUGGUGCUUCAGGGGUUGAUCCUUUUGAUUUAUUCGAUACAUUCUUUGGUCAUGCUGAUGGACUUUUUGGAGAUGCUGAUGAAGGGGGCAUCAACUUCAAUUUCAGAAACAAGAGAAACCGCAGUCGUGAUAUUCGGCAAGACCUUCAUUUGAGCUUUGAAGAAUCCAUUUUUGGAGGACAGAGGGAGAUUGAAGUUUCUUGUUUUCAGACAUGUAAUACUUGUGAUGGUACAGGGGCUAAAUCAAGGAGUUGCAUUAAGCAAUGCACAAAUUGUGGUGGCAGAGGGGGAGAAAUGAAAAGUCAGAGAACACCUUUUGGAAUGAUGUCUCAGGUUUCUACCUGUUCUAAGUGUGGUGGUCUUGGCAAAAUAAUCACUGAUCUCUGUCGAAAGUGUGAUGGCAGUGGUCAGGUUCAAUCUAAACAAACAAUGGAAGUGGAUAUUCCUCCAGGAGUCAAUGAUGGAGACACGAUGCAAAUUCGAGGGCAAGGGAAUUUUGAUAAGAAGAGGAAAAUUAUUGGGGAUCUUUUUGUUGUCCUUCAUGUAGAUGAAAAGCAAGGAAUUUGGAGAGAAGGUCUUCAUUUGUACUCAAAGAUUAACAUUGACUUCACAGAUGCAAUACUGGGAUCAGUCAAAAAGGUAGAAACUGUUGAAGGUUUAAGGGAUCUUCAAAUUCCCCCAGGGAUUCAACCUGGAGAUUCCGUGAAGUUGUCACGAUUAGGAGUUCCAGACAUGAAUAAACCAUCUGUUCGAGGGGAUCAUUACUUCAUUGUGAAUGUUCUUAUUCCAAAGCAUCUCAGUGACACGGAACGCAUACUUGUUGAGCAGUUAGCUUCACUAAGAGCAUCUAGCAAACGUGAUUCGCUAUCAUCUAAUGACAUCAGGAUACCUAAAGGAAAAUUCAGUGAAUUCUUAAAGAGAGGUCCAAAAGAUGAUGCUUCAAGCAAGGGAAGAAAAAAUGUUGACUCUGUGUGGAAAUCAGUCAAGAACUUCUUAAGGAGAGGACAGUCUGAAGAAAGGUUUGCUUCAGUUAGUCUCGAUGCAUCAGGGUCAUCAUGGAGACCUAGCCACCAAAAUCAUUCUGUCCCUGAUUCUUUUUUUUUUGUUUUCAUUUUAACUUGGAUUUUCGCCUCUAUAGCUAAGUCUAAGUACUCAAUAUUUCAGAAAAGAACUCAGUCCUUUAAUAGAACACAAUGAGAAAAAUUAAGGGUAAGAAAAGUAAAAGAUAGUUAGGGAAGUGAAAGUGGAGUGAGAUGGAAAAGUUUUGAUUUUGAGGCCUUGGUGUUUGGUCAUAGUGGAACGUGGGUUUAUUUUCAAAAUUCUCUCCUAUUUAAUUUUAGCUCUGGUAACACCCCUAUAAAACAUUCUGUUUGAGCUAAGAUUAGUGAUAGAAUGGUUAUCCAUUUGAUCUGUUUGCUCCCAUUAUGCUCAGCCAUAAAUUGUAAUCUCUAUCAAUCUUUGGCAGCUUAUAUUGAAAAAUGGUCCUAUCUACUAUUUUGAGCUGUGAAAUUACAUGAAAUUUCCCUUU